CUUCCUCCUCGGUCCAUUCCAGUUCUCGUUUCAUUUCGACGACAUCUUCCUCCUCGAUCCCUACGACUCGCCGCCUCCCUUUCCCUCGCGUCAUUGCGGCGGCGGUCGGUGAAAAUCCCUCUGGAGAUACUGUAGCGACGGAGCCCUCUUCUCGAGGUUGGAUCUGGCCGGGAGAUCGCUUUCCUCUUCUCGAGGUUGGCUCCUUUCCUACUCUUUACCGUCUCAUCGUGACGAUGUUCUCUGCGAGCGGCGACAGUUCUUUCGGCCGGGCUUGGUCCUCUGUUCUUUAUAAUUCCGGCGCAGAGAACGGGGGAAGAUGGGUGCGAGGCGAUGAGUGUGAGUUCGGGUUUUGGCGACCGAUCUUCUCUCGGUUCUGACGAAUUCCUCCUCUUCUCCAAUCUGAUGCAGGUCAAUGUCUAAUUAAUUCUUCUGAUGCUAAAACAUUAAUGAAGAAUCUAGAGCCAUGUUAAAUGAUUAUAAUGAUCCAUCAGAACGAAGGUCCUUGUCUCUGGACGACACAAGCAGCACUGAAGAGUCACAAGAUGACACAAGACUUUCAUUGGAACCAUCUACUGAUGUCAUUCCUUAUAUCGGCCAAAAGUUUGAGACUCAUGACACUGCAUAUGAAUUUUACAGUAAGUUUGCAAAGCGAUGUGGUUUCUCUAUUCGCCGUCAUCGGACAGAAGGGAAAGAUGGUAUUGGGAAGGGACUUACAAGGCGGUAUUUUGUAUGUCACCGUGCUGGCAAUACUCCUGUUAAGGCAACUAGCGAUACUAAAUCACAAAGGAACCGUAAGUCCUCCCGAUGUGGAUGUCAAGCAUAUAUGCGAAUAAGCAGAAACAUAGACAUGGGUGUUUCUGAGUGGAGAGUCACAGGCUUUGCAAAUCACCACAACCAUGAGCUGUUAGAACCUAAUCAAGUCCGAUUCCUCCCUGCCUAUCGGACUAUUUCUGAUGCUGAUAAAUUGCGCAUCCAGAUGUUUGCAAAAAGUGGUAUAUCCGUGCAGCAAAUGAUGAGACUUAUGGAACUGGAAAAGCAUGUUGAGCCAGGGUAUCUGCCAUUUACAGAAAAGGAUGUGAGAAACCUCAUUCAAUCUUUCAGAAAGGUAAGUCAGAAUGAGGAGGGAAUUGACCUCCUUAGAAUGUGCAAGAGCAUCAAGGAGAAAGAACCCAAUUUUAAGUAUGAUUUCACACUUGAUCAAAAUAACAUGCUUACUGGGAUAGCUUGGUCAUAUGCUUCGUCAGUCCAGUCAUAUGAGAUUUUCGGCGAUGCAGUUGUAUUUGACACAACUCAUCGGUUGGCUGCUUUUGAUUUGCCACUUGGAAUUUGGGUUGGCAUGAACAACUAUGGAAUGCCCUGCUUCUUUGGUUGUGUGCUUUUACAGGAGGAGAAUGUUCAAUCUUUCACUUGGGCAUUAAAGGUAUUUCUAAACUUCAUGAAUGGUAAAGCUCCACGAACAAUUUUGACUGACCAGAAUACGUGUCUUAGAGAAGCAAUAUCUGUUGAGAUGCCAAAAACAAAACAUGCGCUUUGUGUGUGGCUAACUAUGGCAAAGUUCCCAUCAUGGUUCAAUUCAGUUCUUGGAGAGCGGUAUAAUGAGUGGAAGGUUGAAUUCUAUCGACUAUAUAACUUGGAAAGACCAGAUGAUUUUGAGCACGGAUGGAGGGAAAUGGUUAGCUCCUUUGGACUUCAUAGCAAUAGACAUAUUGCAAACUUGUUCACUCUCCGAACACAAUGGGCAUUGCCAUACCUCAGAAGUCAUUUCCUUGCAGGAUUGACUUUAAAAACCACAUCAAAGUCAGUAAAUGCAUUCAUUCAGAGGUUUUUGAGUGCACAGUCACGUCUUGCUCAUUUUGUUGAACAAGUUGCAGUAGCUGUUGACUUCAGAGAUCAAAUGGGGGAGCAACAGAUCAUGCAACAGAACUUGCAGAAUAUCUGUCUCAAAACAGGUACUCCAAUGGAAGCUCAUGCAGCCUCAGUUCUCACCCCAUUUGCCUUCAGUAAGCUUCAAGAUGAGCUUGUCUUGGCUGCACAUUAUGCCUCAGUUCCCAUGGGAGAAGGUGUUUUUCUUGUUAGACACCACACAAAGAUGGACGGUGGGCAGAAAGUGCUGUGGAUCCCACAUGAAGAGCUUCUUUCUUGCAAUUGCAACUCAUUUGAAUUUUCAGGAAUUCUCUGCAGACAUGCUCUUCGAGUUCUAUCAACGUUAAACUUCUUUCAGAUCCCAGAACGCUAUUUACUCAUCCGAUGGCGCCGUGUUAAUUUUGUGCCAUCAAACCUGGUGCAAGGAAUUGGUUCCAGUUCGAAUGAGCAGGCUGAACAGGUGCAGGCGCUGCAGUCUAUGGUCUCAACUCUGGUAUCCGAAGCAUCAAAGUCCAAAGAGAGGAUGGAUUUUGCAUCCAGAGAGAUAUCGGUUCUCUUAUCUCGCAUAAAGGACCUAUCAGUUUCAUUUAGUGAUUCAACAAACUGCAGUCAUAGGGGUUGAUAAUUUUGCUAGUGCAUAGUACUUCUAAAUAGCUAACUCGUAGAGGUUCCAUUUUGUCUAGCGAAAUGAGAGCACUAGAAGCACCUGCAAUCUACAUUCCUACUCUCGGUGGAACAUGUGUGUUUUCCGAAAUUUUGUACAUUUCGAAGAUUGCAAUUCUUCUUACUGAUCUGGUUUCAAUAUUUUUUUCAAGCAAGCUAGAUGGAUAAGUUAAAAGUGU